AUGUCUGCUCCUGAAGAUGAUUUUGCUAGCAACAUUGAUGAACAAUUGCUUAACAGUGUUGAUUCCCAUCAUGACUCCAGAAUUAAGUUAGAAGAUAUUGCCCAUGCUGCUGGUGUAUCCGAUACAACAAAAGCACAACAACAACAACAAAAGGCCCUGCAGCAGCAACAAUCCCAUCAACAACAACAACAACUGCUGCAGCAGCAGCAAUCACAACAGUUUGAACAACAACCGGCGUUAAAACAAGAGUUAAAACGCCAAACUAAAAGAAACAAUAGGGCGUCUGCAAAUACAUUACCAAGUCAACAACAACCCCAACCUCAACCCCAGCCACCAACUUUAGAUGAAGAUGAAUUCAGAAAAUUCCAAUUACAACAACAAGCGCAACAAACAUCGGAACAAUUUGUAAGACAACAACAACAAGCCUUGGCUGCUGCUGCCGCUGCUGCCGCUGGAUUAAACAAUUAUGGUAAUCCUCAUUCAUCACGCCAACAACAUCAUCAUCAUGGAGGACCACAAUUACCUGACUUGUCGGCCCCAUCCACUGAUGAGUUAGCGGAGUAUAAUAUUCAAAUUCCUGAUCCUAUAAUUGAUAACAAACUGAAAAUUUUUCCUGUUGAGGAGAAUACAAUCACUGCUGAAGGUAAUUUAAUUACGCGUCCUUAUCCUGAACAAAUUUUCCAAAGUCGUGAUGACUUGAAUGAAUUUAUUGCUGAUUUUGCUAGAGAUAAUGGGUUUGGUGUUGUUAUUGCUCAUUCAAACAAGAAAGCCAUUUACUAUACUUGUGAAUUAGGUGGUCGCUAUCGUCACAAGAAAUCGAAAAAAAUCGAUGAACUGAAACAAGUUGAUGUUGGUGAAGGUUAUAUGUUGGAUCCAGAUACCAAAACCAAGAAAUUGAAAUGUCCAUAUGCCAUGACUGCUUCGUAUAAGAAAUCGACGGGGAUUUGGACAUUAAGAACUACUUGUAAUGAACAUAAUCAUCCCCAGUUGGAUCCUUUGAGUAAUCACCCAAUGCUUCGUAAACGAAGUGAUGAAUUAAAUGUAUUGAUUUUGGAUUUGUAUAAAUUGGGAACUAAACCAUCUCAUAUUGAAUCCAAAAUUAGAGAACUGUAUCCUGAACUUAUUAUCAAACGAGAGGAUAUUUAUAAUGAAAUUAGAGGAUACAAGCGUAAAUUAAAGAAACAAAAUUCACGAUUCGGGUUCAACAAUCCAUCAAGAAUUGCUAAUGCUCAAUACAGGAAGAAAGCAGCACAGCAAGCUGCUGCUACUGCUGCUGCCGCUGCUGCCGCUGGUACAGGCUCUAGCGGCGCCAAUGGUAAUGGAGGAGUUAUUGUAAAUGGAUCAGGAGGUAGUAAUGAUCAAGCUGAUGCCGUGGCUGCUGUUGCUGCUGCUGCUAAUGCCAAUGCAUUUUUGGGUGAUGGUCAAGAUAUUACCAGUUAUGAAGCGUUCCAUAAUCAACAACAACAACAACAACAGCAACAGAAUCAACAAGACCAACGAAAUCAACAAGCACAGCACUUGCAACAGCAACAGCAACAAGCCCAAGCGCAAAACCAAAAUCAAUCCCAAGAUCAAGCUCAACAGCAACAGCAACAACAAGAGGAAUUUCAACGUCAAUUCGUUGCUGCUACUCAAGCCCAACAACACCAGCUCGAUGAACAUCAAUAUCAACAAUACCAACAGCACUUACAAGACCAUCAUCAUCUUCAACAUCCACAACACCAUCAUCAUGGAUUGAAUGAUUCUGAUGGAGGCGCUUCUGCCGCUGCUGCCAUUGCUGCUGUUGCCGCAGCUAAUGUCGGAGUAAAUGUAGGAGAAGGAGGCCGUCAACAUCAUCUUCAACAACAUCACCAUCAUCAGCAUCCUCAGCAUCAACAUAAUCCGUAUCUGGAUAAUGGUGAUUUGUCGAUGGAUAAUAUCGAUUCUCGAUUAGUUGGCGAAUAA